GCACCAAUGGUGUGAGAUGUUUUUACUUUAAGACCAAUGAAAUUGGUCUGCACUACGUUCUCUAUAAAAAGAGCGAUGCAUUUGAAAUAAAUCAGAUGAGUUCAGUUCCUCUCGCCUUUUGAACUGGAGUCUCUCUGUUCCUGUCCUGCCUCAACAGUGACAUUUCCCCAUGUCAGAGCCUGAAAAAACCUCAUGCUUCUCAGCUUCUCCCUCAUCUGGAAGCUCCUGUGAGAAGAGGGGAAUUCAUCAGCUGCCUGAGCAAACCACACACAGCAAGCUGCUGUGCACGGGGCCUGAGGAUGCUUCAAAGUAUCCCCUGACUAUCGCAGCAGAGGAGCUGGAGAAGUUGGAGGAAGACAUCCUCUCCUCCCUGGAUGCAGAAAGCCCCUUGGUAGAGCACAGCCUUUGCAGCGGGACAAAAGACUGUAUAGGAGAGACCAAAAACUACGCACAGCUCAUGCCUCCAGACCUGUUUGAAGAGCUGUGGUCUCUCUUUAACAACAAGGAUGCACCAUCCAGGGACACUUGGAUAGACCAGCUACUGGCAAAGUGGGAGGAAGAAGAGCUUCCUGACAGAGACACUGCAGGAGAGGGGGACAGUGAUCCAGAGAGCACGCUGUCCCCACCACUGCAGGAGGAUGGAGCAGAGCCAGCAGCUUCUCCCCUGGACAGCGAUCCCUGCGACGAGGGGCACAGUGAGCCUUUCCACAUGGCACUGCCGGAAGACUCGAAGAUGUUUGCAGUUUGUGCCUCGCCAGCUGAAACUGUGGAGGAGGUUGACACAGAGGGCCUGGAGGCUUGAUGUGCCCAGGCUGCCCUUCUCCAAGAAAAGCCCUCUGGGGCUUUUGUGAUGGCUGUGGCUUGCCUGGUGCCUGCUCAGCCCCAAGUACACCAGGUCCCUGCUUCCACUGCUGGCAUAACCCCAGUCCCACAGUCCUUGGCCCCAUGGCGAUGGUGCUCCAUCACCAAGGCGGCCCGGCAGGCUCUGCGCUGGCUUUUCUCCUUCAGCUGCUUCAGGGGGCAGCCAGAGGAGUGAGCUCAGUGCCAGCAUUAGGCAGAGCCCCAAAGAUGACUGCUCACCCUUAGGCAACAAGUUGCCAAAGGUGGAUGUACAUGUGCCCCAAAGGUUCUAAUGCUGGCUAUCUGGACUUCCUGAAAACACCCACAUUAGAACACUCAUACUGGAUGUAUGCCCUGCCAACAGGCCUUAUCUCAGGUAACAGAAGCCAGUUUAUGUAUAUGAUACCUAUUCUUCCAGUACAAGAUUUUGUCUGAUUUCAGGCUGUUGAAGGGAGACAGAGGAUGUGGCUAUCUGGCCUUGGCCCCCUACCCAGCUCCCAAGGUACAGUAUCUUUCAUCCUUUCUCUUAGUUCUUUUGUGCUGUUGCUGUUGUACAGCUGUAAUAGCUGUAAAAACUCAAAGUAAUGUGAACUACAACUCUGGAUGAUGCAACUAAAAAAAUUAUGAAAGCAUUUUUGAUAGGUGGAAGAAUUUUUUAGAUUGUGGCUUUCCAAGUAAAUAAUAAUAAAAAAAUAGGUUUUAGGGUUGCCAGGCUCUUGCCUUUGCAAGAAAUCAAAAGAAAAUUGUAGCUACAUUUAAACAAUAAACCAUUU